AUGAUAGGAUCCGAACGUCAUGCCUUCUCGGCGCCAGUGAUCCCUACUUCCCAUACGAACUCUAGGAGGAACGGCGAUCGAUCUGUCACUCCGAAGUCCCCCAAACCCUUUAAGCGCGACGUCGCGAUGGAAUCGUCUCGAUCAGGGAGUGGUGGAAAGACGGCUGGCCGGUUAGGGUGGACUGUAAAAUCAGCCCUUGUGUCGAUCCUCGCAGCAACUCCUGGCUCCAUGGCAGACUGCAUUCCGUUAACAGGCUCAACAACUUGUCCAGCGUUUGCGUCCGCCUCGGUGUCCACGAGUAGUUAUUUAAUAGGGCUAUUUCCUUUUCUCCAGUACGUCUCAGACAGGGCUUCUUUCGAUAAGCAGUUAAGCCAAUAUGUUCAGACCGAUUUUGUUCAGAAACAGUACCAAACAUUGUUGGGUUGCGGCAAUAUCGACCUCGUCAACACUACUGAUUUAUAUGCGCGUUUCACUACCUCAGUAAUCUGUAAUGCUAUUAUCCAAAAUUCCAUCAAGGACUGUAGUCUGUCGGACCAGGAUUCGCGGCCCUUGUGUGCCGACUCUUGCGCUCAUUAUGCCGAGAGUGAAGCCUAUCUCGCGGCCGAUACUAGCCUGUGUCCCAGCUCAAGCAGUGGCCGUCAAGACCAGAUAAGAGCUGACUUCGUUAAUUGUGCUUUGCCGGCGGACUCGCUAUCUAGUAGCAGUUGUAUCCAAGGCAUCGCUAAUGAACCAGAUAACUGUGGAUACGGCGGUAGCACCGUUGGAUUGUGCUCAUAUUGCGCAUCAGGCGGUAUUAACUCGACUGAUACCUGCUGCUACAAUUCCAAUAUCGAGUCAAAGUGCGCCAACGUCGUCUUGCCCUCAAUUACGUCAACCAUAUCCUUCAGUACACCUACCGCGAGCGCCACCGCCAGCAGCACAGCAACACCCGUUGCGGGGGGCUCAUCCGGCAGCAAAGGUCUUUCUGGCGGUGCGAUAGCUGGUGUUGUCAUUGGAUCCGUGGCUGGUCUGGCUCUUUUAGUCUUCCUCAUACUGAUGUGCAUUAGACUGGCACGAAGAAGACGUGGUAGUCAGAAGGGAAGCAUAUUUAACCAACCAUCACCCUCUAGGAAAGGGCCACAGACAAACCAGGUUCCCGCGGCUCCUGUAGCACCUCAAGGGUAUGAAGUCCUCCCCGGAGGAAGGAUAGCCCGUAUGUCGGCAUUAGAAGGCCAUACGGGAGAGCCUGGCUCGAGACACGGAGACUCCAGACGCGGGGCUUCGGCGGGUGCAGCAGCAGCCGGUGCGGCCGCUGGGUACAUCACAGGAAGACGGAGAGGAGGAGGUGAUCAUUCGUCUUCUGACUCGUUCGGGGAGAGUCCCGGAUCAGAACCACGUGCAGCUAUAUUACGACCACCUCCCAUGAACAUCCGCAGGAACGGUUCGUUGUCUAGCAGUUCGGUGCUCGCAGGUGAAGAUCCUCAAUCUCCCGGUAGUGCAGGGGGGAUGUCAUCGCCCCCUGGUGUCAACAGUCAGCAAUCUGAGCAACUCCCAUUCUUCAAGGACUAUUACUCGCAGGACGAUAUCCACCCUGGCGAGCGCGUCUCGGUCCUUUGGGCGUACCAGCCCCGCGCAGCCGACGAAUUCGCCUUGGAACGCGGUGAUAUGUUGAAGGUGGUAGGUAUCUGGGAUGACGGAUGGGCAACCGGUGUUAUGUUGGACGAAAGAGCAGAUGAGUGGGAAGCACGCAGACAAGCACAGAGGGAUAGCGGAGUUUCACAUACCUCAGGUCGCUUACGAGACACAUCACCUCCGGUUAGUGGAGAGAUCAAGGCUUUCCCGUUGGUCUGCGUCUGCCUACCCGAACAUUGGAGGAAGACAAUUGAGGGCGAUGGAUCUACAGAGACCGGGUCUAGUGCUCAGCACGGAACUUGA